AAAAAAACUGCAAUCUGUGCUCGACUAUAUACACACAAGUUAAGAAUUUGUACAACACCAGAAGCUAGUGACAGCGAAAAAAAAACGUUCAACUUUUCAUUAGACAGUUUUUUAUGCAGUUACUGUAAGUUCUACAUAUUCAACUGUUUUUAUUCAAAUCACUUUAAAAACCAUUCCAACAUCUUGUUUAUGCAUUUGAAAUAGUUUCACAUUCAAUCUAUAAAAUAUAUCAGUUAUUGCUUCUAUUCGAUUUAAUAGCAGCUUUGUUUUUGCUGGUACACUUCAGUGGCCCAGUAUUAGUAGUCGAUCAUGUUAAUUACAAUCAAAGACAUUGAAGAUGCACACGCACGUAUAAGAGAGUACCUUCACGAAACACCAGUACUUACUAGCAGUUCCUUCGAAAAAGAAUUCACGCCGGGAAAAAGGGUUCAUUUUAAGUGCGAAAACUUCCAGAAAACAGGUAGUUUCAAGGCCAGAGGAGCGCUCAACUCUGUUAUCAAACUCCACGCAGAGCAACCGAAUCUCAGCAGCAAAGGCGUUUUGACCAGAAGCAGCGGAAACUUCGGUGCCGGCUUAGCGUAUGCUGCUUCUUUGGUGGGGUUGGACUGUCAUGUAGCUUGUCCCGUGUCGUGUUCACCAUUUAAGAUGGGCUCCAUCGAAAAAUACGGCGGAAAAAUUCAUUUAUACCCGAAAGGUUGGGAAUCCAGAAACUCCAUCAUCCCCCGACUAGAAGCAGAACUUGGAGCGUACACUAUUUUUGCGUCAGUGGAGCCAGCGAGUGUAUCUGGACACGGAACUGUAGCUCUUGAAAUCCUCAACCAGGUGCCGGAUGUCGACGCAGUGAUCGUGCCCAGUGGUUCCGGAGGAUUAUUGGCAGGUAUAUCAACAGCAAUGAAGAACAAAAACAACAAAAUCAAAGUCUAUGGCGUAGAACACGACACUUCUCUCAACCUGAAGAACUCUUUUCAACUCGGAGAAGCGAUACAGCCGACGGAGCGUCGCGAUACCAUUUGCGACGGAAUCAGCAAUACUUCAGUCACUCCGUUCGCCCUUGAACAUAUACUAGAGUAUGUUGACGACAUCAUUCAAGUGCCAGACACUGGCGCGAUUUCAGCUCUAGUGUUCCUGCUAGAGAGUAUGAAAAUAAUGACUGAACCAACGGCUGCUCUGGCGGCUGCGGCCUUAAUGCAGCCAGAGAUUGUCAAAAAAUACUUCUCAGAAUGUCAAAACAUUGUGGUAGUUUUAACCGGUGGAAAUUUUGACAUUCUGAAAAAAUUGCAUUUAUUGGGGGAAACACAAACAAAAAUAAGUGCUUGAACCUAAAUAUUAAAUCAAUCAUAAAUA